UAAAGAGCACCGCUGUGGAGGAAAACGAUCAGUUCUGUUUAGAAACCGACGAGGGCGAAUAAUGUUGUUGGCGCGUUCAAGUUUGUUUCUCGCGUUUCUGGCAGGGGCGUUUGCGACUUCACGCUCGUACAACAUAGUUGGACCAGCAAAAUCGUGCCAAAGGGCAGUGAAGCCGGACGCGUGGCCGAUCAAAAAGGAGCUUCAGGUCUGCGGCACCGACGGAGUUAUUUAUCCCAAUCUGGACGCACUCGAAUGUGCAAAAAACUAUUCAGGUCACGCAGUUGAGAAACAGGAGAGCGACAAAUGUGAUGCACAAAAACAGGACGAAUCCAAAUUAUUUUUCCUGACUUAUGCUGCCGAUCACGAGGUGUGCGGUUCCGACAAUGUCACUUACAUCAACGUCUGGAAAAUGCAGGAAGUCGCUCAGUACCGCAAAGUUGAAAUCACGGUUCAGCAUGAGGGCGAGUGCAAAAUCGAUUGUUCCUUUUCGCCCAUUUACAAACCGGUCUGCGUCUCUUCUUAUGGAUUAGAUUCUGAACAAACUUUUUCCAACGAAGAAGAGUUCAAGUGUUUCUCGAGUCAAAAUCCUUACUUAAAUCUUAGUCGGAAGUAUGACGGUGCUUGCGUGUUCAAUUAUGAAAAUUCUUUUGCACCAGUCAACAUAAUUUGCGGCACUAACGGCUUCACAUACAAAAAUGUGAAUGAAAUUCGCAAACUGCGAAAAUCCAACCCCAAACUGCGAGUGAUGCACGACGGCGCGUGCACCCCUGACGAGGUCAAAGGCCUCUUUUCAGCUGACCAAAUUCGCGAACUGGCCGGAAGCCGGUCUGAAUCAAGCGCAAUUUGCGGAUCGGACAAUUCAACUUAUCACUCCGUUUUUGCUUUCUUGGUCGCGCAAGCCGACAAAAAAGCCAAAGGUCAAGAUUUAAUGCCUGUAAACUGUGUCCAAUGCAAUGAAAUGACAAAAUCAAAUGGAACGAGUCCCAUCUGUGGAACAGACGGUGUCACUUAUCCAGACGAGAAGGCCCUUGGAUGCAUUGAAAACUACCUCAUUUUAAAAGAGCAUGACGGCCCGUGCUCUCCAUCAGACGAGACAGGACCGUGUAAGAGACAAUUAAACGGUGGCUUUGCAGAAGUUUGUGCAACCAACGGAAUUACCUACACUUCGAAUGAAGCCGUCUGGUGCGCAGCUUUAACCGAUCCAAAGAUCAAGAUACUUCACCAGUUGGAGUGCAUUUCUGACUAACUUCAGUGACCGGGAAAAUUGCAAUUUAAUAAUUAUAUUUGAUAAAUUUAGUAACUUCUUAAAAACGGUGAUAAUUCUUUAGAUGUAAUAUUUUAAUAUUUAUUGUAAUUUAUUUUGUUUAUCAAAAAUGUAGUUUGCAAUUAUAAAAAUAAAAUGAACAUAAUUAUAUUUUCGAUUCCUCAGACUUAAC